AUGGGAUGUGGACAAUCUCGAAUUUCACCAGUAAUUAAUCCUGUAGCUGGCUCUGAAAAAGAUCUACGUUGGCUUUAUCCUAAAUAUCAUGACGACAAUCAACAAACUAUCUUCAGACCUCAUGAGCUUGAAUCAUUCUUGCGCAACCCGCCUUCAACUAUUGACACUAAACUACUUAAUUCUAUUCGAGGUUCCAUUUUCGGUCUAGCUCUAGGCGACGCUCUUGGUGCUCAUGUUGAAUUUAGACCUCAUCAGUACAUGCUUGAACAUCCAGUCGAAGAACUUGAACAAGGAGGUACUUGGGGUCUUAAAAAAGGACAGUUUACUGACGACACUUCUAUGGCACUUUGUUUAGCUAUUUCAUUAAUAACUGAAGGCGAAUUUAACCCAUACAAUCAAUUAGUUUUUUACAAAUAUUGGUACAGAAAAGGCUAUAUGUCCUCUACAGGACAAUGCUUUGAUAUUGGGUCAGCAACUAGACAAUCAUUAAAUGAAUUUGAAUACCGUCAACGUCAUUUUGCUAAGAAAAAUGAUAUCCCUGUGGAAACUUUAGAUUUUCAAACUGACACGGAGAUUUUACAUAAUUUUGAUGUGUAUUGUGGCAAAAUAGAUGCAGCUGGCAACGGAGGUCUUAUGCGUCUUGCACCAGUACCACUCUUCUUCCAUCAAGAUCCGAAGAAAGCUGUUGAAUAUUCAGGCCUAAGUACUAAAACAACUCACGGAGAUCCCAAAGCUUCUGAUGCAUGCCGCUUUUAUGGCGCUUUGAUUGUAGCUGCUGUUCAAGGAGCAUCAAAGGCACAUUUAUUAGAUAGUAAUUUCUACAAAAUCCAUAAAGAUUGGUUUGGUGAUGAACCACUUCAUGAAGAUGUGAGGGAAAUUGCUGAGGGAUCUUAUAAACACAAAGACGGUUAUAAAGCUGGUAUUCGAGGUAAAGGAUUUGUUCUUAACAGUUUAGAAGCUGCUCUAUGGGCAUUUUGGUCCGAUGAGGAUUCAUUUGAGAAAGGUGCUUUGGCUGCAGUCAAUCUCGGUGAUGAUACUGAUACGACCGCAGCUAUUUAUGGACAAUUAGCUGGUGCUUGUUACGGUUAUAAAAAAUUACCAAUUAGAUGGGUUCAACAUGUCUAUGCAGCGAAGUUUAUUACAUGCCUGUGUAAAUGGAUUGCUUAUCUAGGCAUAAUAUGGUCCGAACGAGAACAAUGA